GGAUCAUAAUCACUCAAUAUCAAUUCCCACAUCCCCAACUUUUUAAACACAAUCAAUCACCAACUCAUCAGAUAAACAAGAAACAGAGAGAGAUAAAGAGAUCACACGUGGGAAUCCAACUUACCAAUUGCAAUGGCGUCAAUGACUAUGACAUCUUCAUUUCUCCCCACCGUCUCAAAGCUUCCGGCAAACAUCUCUGGCAACAGCAGACGAAGCCUCACGGUGGUCAAAGCCUCUGCGAGCGAAAACACAACCAGCUUGGAGAACAAGAAACAAGAACAGAGCAUGAAGAUGAGGAGGGAUCUGAUGUUCACAGCUGCAGCUGCGGCUGUGUGCUCCUUAGCUAAGGUGGCAAUGGCAGACGAGGAACCAAAGAGAGGAACAGAGGCUGCCAAGAAGAAGUACGCUCCUGUCUGUGUCACAAUGCCUACGGCAAGGAUAUGCCGUAACUGAGUUCGCUAUUUAACCAGCCUCUGUAUUUAUGUCGUAAAACUAUUCUCAGUGUGGUUUGUAAUAUUUGAUCAAAUCUAUAAAAAACCUUUGUUCAA